UAUAAAACCGGAUCAAUGUUUCUCUUUUCAAUACCAAACACUAUUUGCUUGAAGAUUCAAAUACCAAAUGUCUGGAGCAGGACCUAGAAUCAACAUUUUCCCUACUCGCAUGGCUUUGACUACUAUGAAGACAAAGUUGAAAGGGGCACAAACAGGUCACAGCUUGUUGAAACGUAAAAGUGAAGCUCUUACCAAGAGGUUCAGAGCGAUCGUUCAAAAAAUUGACGAAGCUAAGCAAAAAAUGGGUAAAGUAAUGCAAACAGCUUCGUUCUCUUUAGCAGAAGUGUCGUACAUUGCUGGUGAUAUUAGUUAUCAAGUUCAAGAAAGUGUCAAGAGUGCUCAAUUCCGCGUUCGUACAAAGCAAGAAAAUGUUUCAGGAGUAAUGUUACCUACUUUUGAGAGUUAUCUUGAGGGAGGAAAUGCUUUUGAAUUAACAGGUCUUGGACGUGGCGGUCAACAAGUACAAAAAUGUAAAGAAACAUAUAUUAAGGCUGUAGAAACUUUGGUUGAAUUGGCCUCUUUGCAGACGGCAUUCGUCAUUUUGGAUGAAGUUAUCAAAGUAACUAAUCGUCGUGUAAAUGCUAUCGAGCAUGUUAUUAUACCAAAAAUAGAGAAUACUAUAAAAUAUAUAACUUCUGAAUUGGAUGAACAAGACCGUGAAGAAUUCUUCAGAUUAAAGAAAGUUCAGGGUAAAAAGAAGAAAGAUCAACAAGCAGCUGAAAUAGAAAAGCUUAGGACUGGCCAAGAUGACGCACAGAAUUAUGACUCUCAACCCGCAGAUUUAUUGGAAAAAAAUGACGACACCGACGUUAUAUUUUAAUUUAUAAUAUUUUUUAGAUUCUAUAAUUAAUUAUUUAUUUAUAAAACUUUAUUCUGAACCAAUAAAUAAAUUACUUUCUAUAUUUUAAAUUUC